AAUAAUUAUACACGGGAAGUAGGCACCACAGCACAGUUCAGUGUGAUUCGCACGAGACAUGGCGUCAAAACUAGCUCCCCUAGUGAAAUUUAACAAUGGACUUACGUGCCCUAUAUUGGGACUCGGCACUUGGCAGGCGGAGUCUGGCGACGACGUGUACCGCGCGAUAUGCGAAGCGAUCGACAUGGGUUAUCGGCACAUCGAUGGUGCGUACUUUUACGAUAACGAAAAGGAGGUCGGACAGGCGAUCAGGGAUAAGAUUCAACAGGGAGUAGUAAAAAGGGAAGACCUUUUUGUAACUUCGAAGUUAUGGAAUACAUAUCACAGGCCGGAUUUGGUAGAAAAGAUGGCAAAGGUUUCUUUGUCCCUGCUCGGAUUGGAAUAUCUGGACUUAUACCUUAUACAUUGGCCUAUGGCUUACAAGGAAGGCGAUAACCUUAUACCUUUAGAUGCUAAUGGAAAAUGCUACUAUUCUGACGUCGAUUACGUUGACACGUGGAAAGCAAUGGAAAAUUUAGUUGAAAAGGGUCUGGUCAAAAGCAUCGGUCUCAGCAAUUUCAAUUCGAAACAAAUUGACAGAGUGUUGGGAAUUGCUAAAAUCAAGCCGGUGACCAAUCAAGUGGAGUCUCACCCGUACCUGCCACAAACAAAGUUGUUCGAGUUCUGCAAGGCGCGUGGCAUCACCAUCACGGCAUACAGCCCGCUCGGAAGCCCUGCUCGUCCAUGGGCUAAACCAGAAGAUCCGAGCCUGUUAGACGAUCCCAAAAUAAAGGCAGUGGCCAAUAAGUACAAGAAGACUACAGCGCAAGUUUUAAUUAGAUACCACAUCGACCGCGGAAUGAUCGUGAUCCCAAAGUCUUCAAACCCAAAACGUAUGUUGGAGAACUUCAGUAUAUGGGAUUUCACGUUGACAAAAGAGGAUAUUGCUGAUAUUUCUACUUUGGAGUGCAACGGUCGCUUCGUAUUGCAACAUGAGGGUCUAGAUCAUAAGGAUCAUCCCUUUGGCGUUCAUGCCAAGGACUUGGAGUUUUAAACAAUUAUUAUUUAUUUAAAAUAAACAUAAAGUAUAUUAAUUAUUAA